UCCCUCCCGCAUCUCCUUCUCCUCCUCUCAGUCCUCCGCUGUAUUUCCUCCGUAUCAGCUGUCUGUGUUGCCCGCUUCCAUCGCCUCCUCCCCGGCUCUCUUCACUGGGGAAUACCGCUGGUUUUUAAACUGCGUCUGUGGAGCAUUUUUCUUUUAAUUUAUUAUUAUUUUUUUGUUGUAAACGUAGAAGAUGAGAGCCCGGUACCCGAGCUCGAGCUGGGUGUUGUGGGUCUCCACGUGCCUGCUGAGCCUGGGUGUUUUGACCCGGGCUCUGGAGCUCCAGGAGCUGUUUGAGUUCGGAGAAGAAGCCGGAGACCUGCAGCUGCUGCCCGGCUCGGACUCCACCGCCGAGCUGCCUCUCAACGGCUCUCUGUUCUUCUUCGGAGACACCUUCGACAAAGUUUAC